AUGAUCUGUGCAAUCUCGGGAGAGGAAGUGAAGGACCCAAUUGUAUCGCCAAAAAGUGGCGCCGUGUUUGAACGGAAAUAUAUUGAAAAAUAUGUCAGUACCAGUGGCACCGAUCCCAUCAACAACCAACCAUUGACGAUUAACGAACUCAUUGCAUUGCAAGUUCCUGCCAACUCCACAACCAACAUUGUGCCACCAGUUAAUAGUCUCACAUCUAUACCUGGUAUGCUAUCUACAUUACAAAACGAAUACGAUGCCAUGGUUUUAGAAAUUUUCACACUUCGGAAAAACCUUCAGUCAUUGAAACAGGAGUUGAGUGCUAGUUUGUACCGACAAGAUGCUGCUAUUAACGUGGCGGCUAAAGCGAUAAGGGAAAGAGAUGAGGCAAAGGAAGCAUUGGAAAAUUUGGUGAGAUCAUUGGAAGUAAAGAAGGAUGGAGAAGAAGUAGAAGACGAGGAUAGUGGCGACAAGAUUACUGAUAUACAGCCAGCAAGAGAUGAAUUAUUCAAGCUGCACAAGACUCUAAAGGUUAAAUUCCCAUACAAGUUUGACCAUUUCAAAUUAAAGAAUGAACACACGACGGAAAAAGUGUUUGACGUGUCUGUUGACCUUGUCCAAUUUCACACAUCCACCAAAGUUCUUCUAGGUACCCAUAAAAAUGAAGUUAUGCAAUACAACGUAGUGAGCACAAAAUUGGAUGUGUGGAAAACGGAGUUGAAAACAAUAGGUCUUGUGGCAUACAACAAUAAUGGUAUACUCGCAGCAGCAACAGGUCGAAAAGUAACAUUUUCGACAGGAACUUCAGUCACAAUAAAGAGGAAAAUUUCAACCAUCCACUGCCAUCCUUCAUUGAACCUCUUUGUUUUGACGAGUUCGGGUAAUUGGUAUAUUGCAAACACAAACAAGAUCCUAGCGACAUAUGAAACUGAGUCUGACUUUAUCAAGGGCGAGAUACAUGGCGAUGGAGAGAUUUUUGCCGCUUAUGAUGGCAACAAACUCAAAUUGUUGAGUUUAGUAUCCGGCGAUGAACUAGCUGCUUAUGAUAUUGGCAAUACACAACACGUGCAACAGAUUGCCUUCGCUCCUAAUGGGUAUUGGCUACUAAUACUAUCAACUUCCAGCGAUGCAAACGCGAUACAGAUUUAUGAUUUGAGGAAAAACAUUGAGGUUAACAAAUUGACAAUCGCAAAGGAGCGACUGGUGCAGAACUUUACCAUUGAUCCAUCGUCUAGUUUGAUUGUGGUUCAGACCGACUCAGGAUACUUGACUUUGUCGUAUCUGAAGAAAACAAAAACGUGGAGUGAGAUUGAACCCUUGCUGUUGGAUGGAGUUGUUCCUGAUGGGAAACAAGACAUGUUUGUUUAUUCUACUGGCGAUGAUGUGUUGAAUGAUGGAGAGGUAAAGUAUAUACACUACAACUUUGGACAAGACAGGUUGGCUUUGGAGAAGUUGGCUGAAAAAUAA